AAGCCCAUAAUUUAGAUGGAUAUAUUUAUUAUCGCGACCAAAAGCAAAGCAUCAUCAUCAUCUUCAUCGCCUGAAAUCGGAGUGAUAAUGCAGCAGCGCGCAUACAUAGCGAUAGAGGCGUCUAAGGAUCUUGCGAGGGAGGCCUCUAGGAAACUAGUCGAAGAAUGCGGUGUUUUCGAUCUCAAGGCUACUACGUACGGAUAUAUGGUAGAAUUAUGUAAUCAACGGUUUACUUGUCCUCCCAUUCCCUUCCUCUAUGCGGAGAUGAGCCUUCAUCGUUACAAUUUCGUCAAGGGUACAAAGUUUGAGCUGAUUUGCGUACAGAAAUACGUGAAGUCGACUGGUUCUGCUGCUGCUUCUUACUACAUCACUUUGGAUGCAAUUGAUCCAGCUGGUUCCCUUCAAACUUUCCAGACUAAAGUUUCAGAAAAAAGCGUUGGCAAAUUUAUUCUCUCUUGCCAUAUUGCAAUAAUUCGAGGGGAACCAAGAGAUGGCACAGGGUUUUUGAGGAGGAUAGAUAGUAGCUUACCUAAGUGCCCGCCAUUGAAUCCUUUUGAUACAUAUUACCUGGUGAAGGAAUCUGAGCUGCUAGAGAAUCCCUGGAUUCGUCUAUAUUUGGAACUUGCUGUUGCCAAAACUGAUAGGCAUAAUGAACCUAAGGAUGCUGGUCUCGCCGACUUGGAGAUUGUAGACGUGGCCAUUGAUGCUACCAAUGAUGAGGGACAAGGACUCAAUGCCAAUAAUGCAGUUUUCUACAUUAGGUACAAGGACUUUUACAAGGCUAAUCUUGAUCGCAUUGCUAUUGUUAGAAGAAGCUUUGAUAAGGCUACCGGAUGCUUUAGUCUCGUCGGUCAGACUCAGAGUUCAAACGUUAUACCAAAUAUGCGUAAGAUUGCUAAUGAGGAGGAUACGGGGUGCUCCAGUUUCAAGGGUCAGAUUCAGAGUCCAGAACCUCCAACUCAAAUCUCCUCACCUCUAGGUACCUCUGAGAGUCAUGAAGCCGCUAAUCAGCUGGCUACGAUGAAGUUGAGGAAUGAAGAAGCUGCAGAAGACUCAAUGGAGCUUGACUCGCGGUCUGCACAAUAUAAUUGAACUAUGUUAUUUGGAUUGUUAAGUAGAUUAAUGUGUUGUGCUUGAAUAGUUUAUUAUAACAUAUUUUUGCCUAAUCAGGGGAAGAAUGGGAGUCUGAUAGAAGUAGUUAUGGUUUCUCUUUGGUUUAUGUUUACAUACAUAUAAUGGUCUCCUUUGUAACAUAUCUUUAUAUAUAAUGUCUCCUUAACAUCUACUUCUAUACAAAAUCGGGUAAUAUAUUUUUACAGGUAUCUGGUUAUCAGA